AUGAAUCAUGAAGAGGAGUCGAGACCACUGCUGGCAGAGAGUCAUGGGCAAAGACCAGAGGAGGACCGGUCAGAGCAGGACGCCUAUUUGGACAAAGUAAGGAAUGGGAAGUUGUACCUGGCCACCUUUGCAGCCGUUCUGGGUCCUCUCAGUUUUGGUUUCGUACUUGGCUACAGUUCCCCUGCCAUACCAGACUUACAAAGAAGCACUGAUCAAAGACUGAGGCUCAGCGCUGAAGAGGCUUCUUGGUUUGGGUCUGUGGUGACGAUUGGAGCGGGUGUUGGAGGUCUGCUGGGAGGAUGGAUUGUGGAAAAGAUUGGACGGAAGCUGAGCCUCAUGUUCUGUGCUUUGCCCUUCAUCUUUGGGUUUACCAUCAUCAUUGCUGCUCAGAACCACUGGAUGCUGUAUACGGGAAGAGUGCUUACUGGUCUGGCCAGUGGAGUGACAUCUCUUGUUGUGCCUCUCUACAUCUCAGAAAUGGCUCAUGAGCGCGUAAGAGGAACAAUGGGGUCCUGUGUGCAGCUCAUGGUAGUCACAGGAAUCAUGGGAGCCUACAUAGCUGGUCUGUUCCUGGACUGGCGCUGGCUGGCCAUCACCUGCUCCAUUCCCCCGACCCUGAUGCUGGUGUUCAUGUGCUUUAUGCCGGAAACCCCCCGCUACCUCCUGUCUCGGGGGAAGAGGAGGGAGGCUGAGGAGGCACUGCGUUUCCUCAGAGGACCCAAUGCUCCAGCAGAGUGGGAGUGUACCAAGAUAGAGGAGGCAUCUCGAGAUGAGGAAGCAAACUUCAGUUUGGCUGAUCUGAAAGACCCUGGAGUGUAUAAGCCUUUAGGAGUUGGCAUCAUGAUGAUGCUGUUACAGCAGUUCACUGGCAUCAAUGCCAUCAUGUUCUAUGCAGAGAAUAUAUUUGAGCAAGCGCACUUCAAGAAUGGCAAUAUCGCCACUGUCGUUGUGGCUGCCACUCAAGUGGUCUUCACAGCAGUUGCAGCUAUAAUAAUGGAUCGAGCUGGAAGGAAGGUCCUCCUCAUUUUAUCAGGUAUCGCCAUGUGUGUGAGUGAAGCAGCGUUAGGUGUCUACUUCAAGCUGUCCACAGUGAAGCAAGGUAACUCCUCACUGGUGAGCGCGUUCAUGGGAGCUGAAGGCACAGUCAGUGAAGCGCCGCACCCUGAUCUGGCUUGGCUUGCCCUUGCUAGCAUGGGCAUUUUUAUAGCAGGCUUUGCACUUGGCUGGGGCCCUACGCCAUGGCUGGUGAUGUCCGAGAUCUUUCCUACUAGGGUGCGAGGGUUAGGCAGUGCUGUCUGUGUCCUCACCAACUGGACCUGUGCCUUCAUCGUUACUAAGUCCUUCCACAACCUCAUAGAUCUCAUAACCAGUGCAGGAACCUUCUGGAUGUUCUCCAUCCUCUGUGCCCUCAAUGUCAUCUUCACAAUCUUCUUUGUGCCAGAGACUAAAGGAAAAACACUGGAGGAGAUUCAGGCCCAUUUUAAAAGAACCCGCUAAGCCAAAGCUAAACUUUCAUCUCGCAGCCAAUCCCAAAGUCAAAUGUAAAUGAAUGUUGUAUGAGUCAGCACUGGCGUCUUAUGAUGUCUGAAGUUAGUAACUGGUCUUUAAACAAAGGUAAGGAGAACUAUUUACAUAGAAGUUCUUUUUUCAAGAUGUUCAUACAUAAAGUAAGUAAUAUUAAGAAGUUAAUGGAGCCCAACAGAUACAUUGGUUGGCCAAUGAUAUUGGCCUAUGAUGACGACCUGUAGUUUUAACAGUAUUGACAGAAAUAUCGCUACUUAUGCAUCGAUAAAUACUGUCUGUCUUUUCAGUGCAGCAUUCAGCUGGGAUUCAAACUCACUAUCUCUCAGCAGUAACCUGAAACCUUAGACAGUUGUGCCACUGGGGAGCCCAAUGUAAGUGACCCCUUGUUGAUAUAACAGAAUUCCAUACUACACCAGUGAAUUUAAACACAAAACACCAUCACGAAAAGAAUAAUAAAACAUGUGCAAUGUAUCCAAACUUGAUCUUUAGCAUGAGAAUAACAUGUUGUAUCUAGGGUUGGCAAACAAUUAAAACAGUGAAUUGUGAUGAAUUGCAUUUCUCAAAUGCUCAUAUUUGACCCUAAGGAAAGAAAGCAGUGCCAUUUGUUACAGUUUUGUAUAAACAAAGACUAAUCAGAAUAUUUUUCUUUUUCUAUACUUGAGUAACAUUAUUUUCAUCAUGUGAACGCAGUGUCCACAUGAAGCUGAACACGAAAACUAUGAACUGUGGUGAACACAGGGUCCAGUUAUCAUCAUCGACAUCCACUGAGAGCAACAGUGGCUGCAUGUUCCAACGAAUGAGUAAUACCAUUAAAUACCAUUGUACACUCUUUGGUUGAAACAUGCAGCCACUGAUAUGUAUAUAUAUGCAGAGUGAAUGGUUCCAACUCCUUCCGUUCUCUCGUUCUGUCAGCUCUCAUCAAGCUGUUUAUACAGCUUGUGGAUUCUUGUUACAAUGGAGGCUGUUGAGGGGUACUUUGCUGUUGCUUUUGUUAGUUUGCUGCUUGUUGAUUUAUCCGGUUUUAAGUCCAGAAUAGUCUGCUGUAGGCGUUCUCCAGUGCUACUGAUAUUACAGAUAUUGCUGGCAUCAGCUGUGUGUUUAGCUUGUAGAUAAUAUUUCAGACUCAGCUCACUUCGGUAAAAACGUUCACGGCACUGCAGUAGCUGGAAAUACCGUUGGUUUUAUCAAGAGAGCCAUCAAUUUGCCUUGGCAAUUAGAAGCUGUAUGUAGAGGGCUUUAGUCAUGGAGUCAUAGCAACAGCAUGUGAGCAGCUGGGUUGCAGUCUGAUCUACUAUGGCUGGUUUAAAGGAUCAAACAAGGAGAAUGCGUUGAAAAAAAAUGAGUGGCAUUAAGUUAUGUAGUGCCUUAUUAACAAGUUAUUAACAUGUUAUUAACCUGCUAACUUUGACACCGCUAGACAUAACACAAGAAAAAUGAAAAUAAAAAAUAAGAGAGAAUUAACAGAAGCAAAAGCCACAAAGAAUUCUGUGUAGCUCCACCUCCCGUGCUACAAUGUUUAUAUUAUUUAGUAAUGGAGUUUAAGAUGUAUAACAGUUGAGAACUGACAGGCAGUAAAACACUGUUUAACUAAAAAUAUUGGAGUAUAAAAUGAAAAAUUAAAUAUAUAUAAAUAUGGAAUGAUAUCACUAGUUUAGUAUCAGGACUGUAUAUUGUGAAGUUUACCAUUUGAGUCCUUUUUCAGGGAUGUUUAACAAAUCACAGUUCGAUACAGUGUUAGUUUAUUACAUUACACUGCCAUGAAUUUUAUGCAAUGAUUUAAAUGAAGGUGCUUCUUUUAAGUGAAGGUGACCUAAUAAGCUGUACCCACAAUAUUCACUGAACCAAACUGUGCCAAAAACACCUUAACGUACACUGAAGAAGGAACAAAUCACUCUUCUGGUUAGAAUUUUUAAUUCAUGUUUUUUCAUUCUUUUUUUUUUUUAGUAUUUUUUUUUAGUAAUUUAUCUUUGCAUUGUUUAUUUGUCUUGACUCUUAAAUAAAUUGUAUUUUUAUCGUCAGUUUUCAGAAGUUUGGCUGUGUGUGAUUGAGAGAAAAGUAUCCCAACACGUACUUUGACCCUUUCCCCUUUAUUUACCUUUAAAAAAAAAAA